AUGGAAAAGUUUACAACAGAUUCUACAAAGAAAUUAAAGGAUGUUCUUGAAGAAUUCCAUGGUAAUGGUGUGCUUGCAAAGUAUAAUCCUGAAGGGAAACAAGACAUUCUUAACCAAACAAUAGAUUUUGAAGGUUUCAAGCUAUUUAUGAAGACAUUCCUGGAAGCCGAGCUUCCCGAUGAUUUCACAGCACACCUUUUCAUGUCAUUUAGCAACAAGUUUCCUCAUUCUAGUCCAAUGGUAAAAAGUAAGCCUGCUCUCCUUUCAGGUGGUCUGAGAAUGAGUAAAGGUGCCAUCACACCUCCCCGUACUUCUCCUGCAAAUACGUGUUCCCCAGAAGUAAUCCAUCUGAAGGACAUUGUCUGUUACCUGUCUCUCCUUGAAAGAGGAAGACCUGAGGAUAAACUCGAGUUUAUGUUUCGCCUCUAUGAUACAGACGGGAAUGGCUUCCUGGACAGCUCGGAGCUGGAAAAUAUCAUCAGUCAGAUGAUGCACGUAGCAGAAUACCUUGAAUGGGAUGUCACUGAACUUAAUCCAAUCCUCCAUGAAAUGAUGGAAGAAAUUGACUAUGAUCAUGAUGGAACGGUCUCUCUGGAGGAAUGGAUCCAAGGAGGAAUGACAACAAUUCCACUUCUUGUGCUCCUGGGCUUGGAAAAUAACGUGAAGGAUGACGGACAGCAUGUGUGGCGACUCAAGCACUUUAACAAACCCGCCUACUGCAAUCUUUGCCUGAACAUGCUGAUCGGCGUGGGGAAGCAGGGCCUCUGCUGCUCCUUUUGCAAGUACACAGUCCACGAGCGCUGUGUGGCUAGAGCGCCUCCUUCUUGUAUCAAGACUUACGUGAAGUCCAAGAAGAACACGGAUGUCAUGCAUCAUUACUGGGUUGAAGGCAACUGCCCAACCAAAUGUGAUAAGUGCCACAAAACAGUCAAAUGUUACCAGGGCCUGACAGGACUGCAUUGUGUUUGGUGUCAGAUCACACUGCAUAAUAAAUGUGCUUCUCAUCUAAAACCUGAAUGUGACUGCGGACCUUUGAAGGACCAUAUUUUACCACCCACAACAAUCUGUCCAGUUGUACUGAGAAAUAGGAAACGGGGUCAUUGCUGGGAGCAGGAAUGGUAUAAGACAUAUGAGAAGUUAAAGGAUUGGGAAGAGGUUGCACAACAGUCACCUGGGAAAGUGGGAGCUACAUGGAUCGAGGAAAUACCAUAUGAUUGCUGGGGAAUAAUGACCAGUCACUUGUUGUUAAUGAUCAUAAAUUUAGAACAAGACUAG